AUGGGGUUGUGCUCGCGCUUCAACAAGCUGAACUCCUUCAAUCGUCAAAGUGGCCUAUCUUCAUCCUUCCUAAAAGAUUCUAAAGAUGACUUUGUAGACCGUCUCAGACGGCCAGCAGAUCACCGACUUCCAACGAUACAUCAGCAGCUGGACACUCCAUCUGCGCCUGCUCAACACCACCUCGUCGCUGGUCGCGAUCGACGACCGGGCGCACGACGAGACGCUGAGGAGCAUCAAUCAAUCCCGACGGCGCACUCUGACAUUACCAGGCUCGACUCUUCACUGCCGCCAAUGACCCAUCCCACCGAUCGGGUCGUCUUCACGGAUUCCAACCCCGCUGAGAAAGAGAUGGGUGGUUCGAACUCAGAGGACGACGAGCACGCCACAGGCCCGGUGCUCACGCUCGCCCAGCUAUGUCAAAGUCAGUCAUAA